UACAGAGAUCAUUGGCAAUUAAUAGUCAUGUGUCCAAGAGACAAUAUUGUGGUUGUAUUUUGUUCACUUCAUCAUGGUAUUGAUAAAGACACGAAGAAAAUUGUUUCGACUGCUUUUGAGGUUCAUCAAUUUGCAAAUUAUGGCAAUAGAAAAAAGGCUACAUGGCAUAGACCCAAUACAAGGAAACAACAUAACUCUAAUGAUUGUGGAUACUAUGUGAUGAAAAAUAUGUUGGACAUUGUCUCUGCAAAUAUAACUGGAUCUUGGAUGCAGGUAUUUGAUGAUCCUACAGAAUUAACACAAGAAGAUUUGUAUGAUUUGCGACUCCGUUGGGCAAAAUGUUUCUUUGAGUUAUAUAAAGGAUAACUUUAUGUUUAGUGUUUUUAUUUUGUAGUAGAAAAUGUGUG